CAAUUCCUCCUUGUAUCGUCCUUGAUCCCCCUUGUCUAUCUGCGCACCACACAGAUAAAAAAAAGUGUUCACUGAAGACAUUCCUAUUUAAUCAAAUAGGGUAGGGGAGCACCACUCUGUAUUAUCCAAACCCUCUUCUUCCCUUCUCCCUACUGCCUGCAAAGUCAUGGCCCCCUUCCAUCAGAAUCUGCCCCAGUCUCCCUCAAUUGCUUCACGUUCAGACACUCCCCUAACUUUCCCUCUGCCCCGCUCCGUACCAGUCCCCGUCUUCACCAAUACGCCGUAUGCACCGGACACAAAGAACGUGUCCCCCGGUCAUGGUCUCUUGACUGACCAAUCAUCGUCCCCACUGCUUCCUCGGCUACACGCGCAUAAACAGGAACAAAAGCAGGGACAGGAACAGAAUCAGGAGCAGACGCAGAAACAGGGACAGGGACAGGGACUCGGCUCUCCGUCCCCUCCUUCCGCAAUACCUCCUAAUCAGCCCACUCUGCGCCAGAAUUACGAACCAAUGCCAUCCAUACAGUUUCAACAGCUUCAAUAUGCCUGUCGGUCUCGAUCUCUCGAUGAGCAGCAGUAUCUUUUUUACCAGGGACAAAGCCAACAGAUCCAACUCCAGUCUUUUGUUCAAGCCCGAGAAUACUCUUCGUCCUCUCUGAAGUAUACAGAUCGCAAGAGGAUUUUGCUGCACACCUUAAGUUCACCAGAUCCGGGGUAUCUAGAUGCCCUCAGCGGCUACUUCAGUCCACAUAUCGGCCAACCUGCUACAAUAGAAUCGCAAUCUGGAAAUAUCUCUCACGCAGAGGAUGAAGAAGAUGAUGUGGAGAUCGAGGAAGAAGACGAUGAGGAGAUCGAGGAGGAAGGAUGGAGCGGUCGUGCGAAUUGUUCCAUGUCAAGGAGCGUCGUUAGAGAUGUUCAGAGGAGAGAGCGACGCUGCUCGCGGCUUAUGGGAGGGCCUGCAGCGUGGGCAGGAACACCACUGAAUACUCAAUGGACACCAAAGAACAGCUUGCUCGUUUCGCCCGCAAAUGACGGCACUAUCACUACACCGCCACCAUCCGCGCGAGUUCCUUUUAUGCCCAGACGAAGGCGCCACUCCUGUGUGGCACCCAAUACCAAGGAAUUCCGUGCCCUCGCAACAAUUUUUGGCUGGGUCACUGUAUCAUCCUCCAACAGCUGGUUGAAGGGAUCCGACGGGCAAAAGUUACAAGCUGCAGAGUUUAUGAUCGAGGGCACACUGCAGCGCUGCACCGGGAUCCACCCAGCAUCGUGCGAGAGCGAUAAUGGCUUGGACAUGGGCGAAGCCUUUCGGCCUAGGUCGAUGAUGGCCUCGUGCGCACCACGCGAGUCUAGGGGUCCAGAGCUCACGGACAGCUGCGUUCGCAUUUCAGAGCAGGGUUCGCGUUUUUCGAAUGGAGGAGUGGGGUGCCCACGCAAAAGUGAUAAGGGAUUGAAGUCAACUCCUACUCAACGCUGCCUCACAGCACUCCCUGGACAGCAGCCAACUCCUCUACAGCCAUCAGUGGAGGAUGAGGCAAUCGCUCACUCCCAAGCCCUAAUGAAUGAAAGUGGUGAUAUCGUGCCAACAAUUUCGGAAUUGAAGGGCGCGCAGGAAUCGACUGAGCAAUCUACAGUGCCGGUGAACGCGCCGGUCGGUCGGGCAGGGUUUGAAACUCAGUUCGAUACAGGGGGUACGCGCUGUAGGAAGAAGUUGCCGGCGCUUCCUCUGGCCGUUGAUUAUGAGGUGAACUCCGGUUACAUGCCUUUCUCUUGGGAACUUUAUAGCCAGUCCCUUCAGACAUCGUCGGCCACCAACGUUGAACCGAAUCCUGCUUAUUCCCAGGACAACCACUGCAACCAUGGCAUCCCAUAUCCACCGAUUAAUCAGACACAUUAUUGCAGCACUGAUGCCGGUAUUCAGAGGCAAUCUUUAGGAGGGACGCUACCCUCAUCUGCACCGGAAUCACCACUUUUAUCUGACGCGCCACCAGUGCCCCCUCGAUACCCCGAGAUUGAUUCUCGUGUGUUUGACCAUCCGGAAGAUGAAGGCCCCGACAGCAUCGUGUACGCCCCAUCUGACUCGACCGGAGACAUCUCUGCUCCUGGACGUGGUGAGCCCUUACCUAUUAUUGCCGCCACAAUCGUUAAGCUGAUUGAAAAACUAACCCAUCAGCAUGGAAUGGGUACGUGAUCUAUUAAGAAUUGCUAUGUCAAAAAAGGCACAGAUGUACUUAAUCCUUUCCCUUUGGUAGACUCUGGGUUCACGACAGACUUUUUUCUCACGUACCGGCUGUUCAUGUCGCCAGUGCAGCUAUGCAAAUAUCUCAUCCAGCGAUACUUGUGGGCAUUGGAGCAGGACACGGAAUCUCGAUACGUUGUUCG